CUUCUUUCUAACAUCGGCCGGGCGACACAGUUCACUGUAAUUCUGCUAAAACUGCAAAAUGAUAAAACUACACCUGGGCUUGUUUGGCAAUCGAGCUCCGGCUGUGAACGUUAUGACAGUCGACGUGUUACUGAUUGUCCUGUUUGUAUCAGGUGCUUUGGCUGGUUGUACUAAUGAAACAGCACUCUUCAUAACUGCACCAAAGAAGCUGGAAGCACUGAGUGGAUCUUGUUUGCAAAUCCCAUGUAGCUUCAGACUCAAAGACGAACAGAAAUUUAACAGCACAAGAAAAAUCUUUGGAGUGUGGAUUAAAAAUCAACCUGAAUUUGCCAACGAUCCGAACAAUGUGAUCUUCAACAGUAGUGGAGCAGUUAGCAUCUAUCCAAUGAGUAUUACUGGGAACCUGAGUCAGAGAGACUGCACCACUCUGUUUUCUGAUUUAACCACAAACUACACAGACAAAUACUUCUUCAGAGUAGAGACAGAAACAUUCAAGGCAACAGCUUCUUGUGAUCCUCUUCAAAUAACAGUCAGAGAUUCUCCUUGGAGGCCCAAUAUUACAAUCCCAGGUGAUCUGAAGGAGAAGGAGUCUGUCACUAUAACCUGCUCAGCUCUCACUCCCUGUCCACACUCCCCUCCUCAACUCACCUGGAAUCUCCAACAAGACUCUCACAACAAAAUAGAGGAAAACACAGAUGGAAGCUUUACAACUAAAAUCCAGCAGACCAUCACUCUGUCAGACACACAUGAUGGAAAGAAGAUCAGCUGCUCUGCCAGAUAUCCUGUGAACCAAGGAAAAGACACCAAGACAGCAGAGACAGAAGAGACUCUCAGUGUUUCAAGUACGACAGAAUUUUUUGCAAUGUGGAAGUCAGAAGGUUGA